AUGGAUGUGUCCGAACUCUGCAUCCCGGACCCCCUCGGCUACCACAACCAGCUGCUGAACCGAAUGUCGUCCGAAGACCGGCACCUUGGCUCCAGCUGCGGCUCCUUCAUCAAGACGGAGCCAUCUAGCCCGUCCUCGGGCAUUGAUGCCCUUAGCCACCAUAGCCCCAGCGGGUCGUCGGACGCCAGUGGUGGCUUUGGCAUGGCCCUGGGCACUCACGCCAACGGUCUGGACUCGCCGCCUAUGUUCGCAGGUGCGGGGCUGGGAGGUAACCCAUGCCGCAAGAGCUACGAGGACUGUACUAGUGGUAUCAUGGAGGACUCGGCCAUCAAGUGCGAGUACAUGCUUAACGCCAUCCCCAAGCGCCUGUGCCUCGUGUGUGGGGACAUUGCCUCUGGCUACCACUAUGGAGUGGCCUCCUGCGAGGCUUGCAAGGCGUUCUUCAAGAGAACCAUUCAAGGAAACAUCGAGUACAACUGCCCGGCCACCAAUGAAUGUGAGAUCACCAAACGGAGGCGCAAGUCCUGUCAGGCCUGCCGCUUUAUGAAAUGCCUCAAAGUGGGGAUGCUGAAGGAAGGUGUGCGCCUUGACCGAGUGCGAGGAGGCCGCCAGAAGUACAAGCGACGUCUGGAUUCGGAGAACAGCCCCUACCUGAACUUACCGAUUUCCCCGCCUGCUAAAAAGCCAUUGACUAAGAUUGUCUCGAAUCUCCUGGGGGUUGAACAGGACAAGCUGUAUGCCAUGCCCCCCAGCGAUAUACCCGAGGGAGAUAUCAAGGCCCUGACCACUCUCUGUGAACUGGCAGAUCGGGAGCUUGUGUUCCUCAUUAACUGGGCCAAGCACAUCCCAGGCUUCCCCAGUCUGACACUCGGGGACCAGAUGAGCCUGCUGCAGAGUGCCUGGAUGGAGAUCCUCAUCCUGGGCAUCGUGUACCGCUCGCUUCCUUACGACGACAAGCUGGCAUAUGCGGAGGACUACAUCAUGGAUGAGGAGCACUCUCGCCUGGUGGGCCUGCUGGAGCUUUACCGAGCCAUCCUGCAGCUGGUACGCAGGUACAAGAAGCUCAAGGUGGAGAAGGAAGAGUUUAUGAUCCUCAAGGCCCUGGCCCUCGCCAACUCAGAUUCAAUGUACAUCGAGAACCUGGAGGCCGUGCAGAAGCUUCAGGACAUGCUGCACGAGGCGCUGCAGGACUAUGAGUUGAGCCAGCGCCAUGAGGAGCCACGGAGGGCCGGCAAACUGCUGCUGACCCUGCCCCUGCUGCGGCAGACCGCCGCCAAAGCCGUGCAACACUUCUACAGUGUGAAACUGCAGGGCAAGGUGCCCAUGCACAAACUCUUCCUGGAGAUGCUGGAGGCCAAGGUGUGAUGGCCCAGCACACAGA